GAGCUCUUCAACUACAGGGCAAGGACAGCGUUGCGCAGAACUCUCUUCAACAAUUUCUGGUGUGGAGUUGAAUUUAGGUCACGACGCGCAUGGACGCGAACCUCCAGAGUGGCGUCUCCGAUCGUCCAGAGUUUAUUCCACACCACGUUGACUCUGUACAUUGAUGCACUACCUCCACAUUUAUAUUCCCGGCUUGAACCACAUAACCCGUACCACAGAAAACAAAAAUCCGAUCUACUUGCCUCCGUACUCAUCCGCACUGGGCACAGAGGAUGGACGAGGAGGGAGCUGAGAUAGUGCGAUAGUUAUCGACACAAAGUUGCACUGGCGAGGUUUUCUGACAGCGUUAUUACCUGCUCAACGAUGACGCUGUUCAACGUGAUAUACUGUCGGCGCUCCGAUGGCAAACUGGAGACUGAGGGUAAGAAUCGUGUACGGGAGAAGAAUGAGCCCACCAAGGAGCAGCUGGAUUCAACGCCUAAUGAGAAAGGAGUGAGCGACUACUACCGCCCGCUGACCAUGCACGAUGCCAAACACCUAGAUUGGAGACGCAAGCUCGCUGGCAUGCUCGUCAAGGAGCUGGGUGGUAAAGAUUUCUCGUACGCAGACGGAGCAUACAUCCUGGACGAUCUUCCUGAAAACUACCGCCUCUUCGAGCAUGUCAAGUCAAAGCCGACGGACGGAGAUGCGAAACCCGGCAAGACUCACGCUGGAGGAGGUCAUGAUAGACAAGACGCAUACUUAUAUGGCCACCCAGGUGGCAGGAAGAAGAGAUUCCGAAGCCCAGGCGACUUCUUCCCGCACUUAUUAUGGCUUUGUACAGAUGAGGCCGGAGACCCCAUGAACUGUACUUGCAAGUUGUGCUCCCCGGAUGAAUUGCAGACAGACGUCAAGUCUGGUCCGGCGAAAGGAGGCACAGUGUCCAUGAAAGUCGAGAGCCAAAAAGCAGAGCAGGCCGUGAAUAAAAUGCCGGCUGUUGAGAUUCCUGCUCGUUCGACAGCGCAGCAGCUUGCACCAGCUACUGCACAUUCCAAGCCUGCUACACAGUCCAUCACCGCUCCUGCAGCUUCUCCGCCACGACAGCAGGCCACUCCACAGCAGAACCCCCAGCAGCGUGUGUCCCAACCACAUGCACCCCAACAGCAGGCGCCUCAGCCGCAGGCCCCGCAACGGCAGCUCGAAGUAGCUACACUGCCAACCCCGAAGGACAUUGAUCAACAGAUCGACACCACAUACGGUCAGUUCAGCUUCAGAUUAGGCGAGCUUGUUUGGUUCAACCGUGGUGCAGCGUGGGCGCUUGGUGUUGUGAUUCGAAGGUGGAUGUUGAGAAACAUGCCUCCACAUCAUAGUCGGAGAUACGUCAUUCAACCUCUAUCUGCCCCAUUUCUACCUCAGAACACAGUCAUCAUUGAAAUAGAAACGGCCAUGCGGCCGUGGCUAGCCUGGAGCCCACCGAUUUUUUGUCACCAGGGACUGAACCAAGGACCGCAACCGACCUUUUCGACGGUCGAUUGGAAUGCAGUCGUUAGCGGCCGCUACGGGCCGAGUAAUGAUGAGAUUGUUAUCGUCGAUGCCAGUAUAAUGGCUGCACGAGCAAUCGAUUCCACAUACACACCAUUUGGCUACCUAAAGUCUUCCCCGAUCACGCAAGUACAGAGUGAUGCCCAACCACAUUAUACCACACACCAAAUGUUCUGGAACGGUGUUUAUAUUGGGGGCGAGCGGGUGUGGGUCGGCGAUCCGGUUCGAUUGCGUGCGAGCAAUAGCGAGGAUGUUCUUGUCAUCUCGCAAAUCAUCGAACGUCCUUUGCAAUUCAUUUCUACCCAGCCAACGGCACCAACGAAAGUCCUGUUGACAGGUAACGUCAUAUCCUGUUCUACCCUUCCAAGUGAUGCUGUUACACCAGACCGCCAGCAUCUGGUCCCGCAACGCAUGCGUGAAGACCUGGAGGCUCGCAACAAAGCCAUCCAGGCGAUUGGGGGGCCGAAAUCAUUCUGGAAGAUUCUGCAGUACGGGCAAGUGGUAGAUGUCGCCGAUGUGAAGGGUCGCUGGUACGAGACUAGCAUCAUGGCGCCCAUCGUCAAUCAACAACCCAACUACAGUGACUGCGUGCGGGAUGGUCAGACCGAUUCCGUUGCACGUUCUUUCAACGGCCGCAUAGACGUAAAUCGAACCGCGGGUAUACGGCAUGACAAGCGAGAAUCCGCAUUUGGUCGAGCUGUGCCUGAAGGCUUACGUUUGAUCGAAGGUACGGAACCACCGACUCCCGCGAUGGAGAUAGCGCCAAGGACGGAGCCACCGCAACAGCAACAGCAACUGCCACCACAGUCACAGCCACAUGUGCAUCAUAUGCCUAUGCAAACAGAGUUUGACACACAAAUGAGCGGGAACGACCAGGCUGAUGGUCUUGAUCAGUUCAUAGACUUGGGGGAGGAGGAGACAGAGAGUAUGACAGCAUUUGGGCAACCGUACGGUAGCCAAGGAUCAUAUUUCCAUUGAGGGAUAUCAUGAUCCUCUUGAGCUUCGUCUCAAAAAGCAGUGGCCAAUCAGGAUGCGACUCAACGCACAAUACAUUUUGUGUUAUGGCGCCAAAAAGGAUGUCGAAGUGGCAGUCCUCAUCGCUAGAAUCAAGCUGCAAAUCAUUAAUCAUGCUUCAGCGUUCACUGGGAAUAUAGAGUGGGUCUUAUUCCAACUCUCUGCAGCGUAGAACCGAAGCUUAGACGAAUACUGUCAAGAAAUUCAAGGCUUAGGAAUUAUGGAAGAGAUUUCGAGUUGAGCACUAGAACCACUUUUCUCUACACAUUUGACGCUCGACUUUACAUCGCCCUUUCUUUGGGGCUUUGUUAUCGGAAAAGAGUUUGUUCGGCAUGGUUCCUUAUGCUCCUAAGAGGUCUGCCACCGUCUCAAGCUUGUUGUGAGGCAUUCUGGCUCGGGAACUUUUUCUUACAUGUAAGACCAGCAGCGCUUUCAUGUAAUCACAAAGUUUGGUCUCCUCCCAAUCGAGCUAAGAUUAAAGGGCCCCAGAUCUAACAGGUGAAAAGUUUGUACGAACAUUUUGCCUGAUCCGAUCGUUCACAAGCUCAACGCUGCCGGAUCCUAAAUGAUUCCCACUUAAAAGUCAUGAGGAAAGAAUAAAAUCGGAUUCCGAGAGAGGCUCAGAACAGCGAUUUACGAGAAAGUGUCAAGCUAAAAAGUGACGCAUCGUAUCGGCAAAACAAUGGUUGGAAGACCACAACGACUCGUCGCCACUAGCUGGUAGAAAUAUGAUACGGGGUGGCUCGCGAAGUGAUCUGCAUCGCAGAGUUAACAAUGGACCACUGACAGUCUUACGUAUACUCAUCGAGGAAGAGGGUUAUCGAAAACGAAAUCAUCUUAGAACAGAGCGAUUGGCGUCACCAAGGCUUCUUUAUUUGGGGUGGAUUUUGCCAGCUUCGUUGUUGCUAGAAACUUUACUCAGUUGUUGAUCAGUCCAGCAUGCUAUUACCAGCUGCUAAAUCUUGGCACCAGCGACAAUGUUCGCGGCAAUCAAAAGUGCAGCGCCUCGAAGCCGAAUCUGCAUACAGCGCUCAAUCAGGUGAACCUUAUAUCCUUGGCAGAAGCAGCGCUAAUUAGUGAGGUGAUGGGCUUGGUUCGGACACGAAGCCGAUCAGCCACUGCAGGGAUACAACACCAUCGCUCCCUCUUUUAAUCGUACUUCGCAUCUUGUCAGCCUUGCCUCAUCCCUUUCAAUUUUUUUCGAAAAGACUUCGGCCUGAAUAGAAUGUGCGUAAAAAAAAGCCAUGCCCGUGUCGAGCCGCGGCCUUGUCUUCUCGUCGACACCCAUAUUGCCAUAGUUUUCUUCUUUGAUGCACGCAAGGCUGAGAGGCUGGGUG